AAACAUUUCCCUUGAACAUUUAUCGACCACACAAAGCCUCUCAAUUCAGGAUGCGAAGAGAAACAGCUCCCAUCAAACACAGACCCUGACAAACAAUAAGCUUUAGCGUAGAAGCCCAACAGAAUAAUCAGUCAGGAGGGAAACCAAGUAGUUAAAGCGACUAUUCCAACAAGACAACAGAAGCAAACCUCAACUGAGCAUCUCUGUUGUGAAGAGGUAAGAGGGGUUAUAUUGUAUACAGUGGGUUCAUGUUCAGCACUGACUUUAAAUCUCAGACGAGAGAUUAAAAAAUUAAGUCCAUUUGGCAGCAGAAUGUUUAGUGGUUUUCUGAUUAUCGCCUCACGCUGAUCAAAGCUGACCACGCACUCCAGUGACCACUGUCCGGAAGCAGUGUCACGUCGCAUUCUGUGUGGACAGUCUCUGGGGACCCCUCCUGGAGGAGCUAGCAUAUAAAACGAGUGGCUCGCCCCUCCCGGACUAACUAAAUCCAGCCUGGCCCGACGCGCCUGUGCUGCGCUUCAUGGAUGCUUCAGCAGUUCAGCAUCCUCAGCCCUGCUCAGCUCAGCGGAACUGAAACAACGGUGACAGGGGCACAGCUGACCGCUACCUCCUCUUUAGGCUACUGUACACUGUAUAAAGUGCUGCCAUGGCGAACAGAGGGCCCAGCUAUGGACUGAGCCGAGAGGUGCAGGAGAAGAUCGAGCAGAAGUACGACCCAGACCUGGAGCAGCGAUUGGUGGACUGGAUAUUUGCACAGUGUGGGGGGAACCUGGAGAGGCCGCAGCCAGGCAGAGAGAACUUCCAGAAAUGGCUCAUGGACGGGACAAUCCUCUGUAGGCUUAUCAACAGCCUUUACCCGAGAGGGAAGGAGCCUAUAAAGAAGAUUCCAGAGACACAGAUGGCCUUCAAACAGAUGGAGAAGAUCUCUCAGUUCCUGCAAGCAGCUGAGGCUUAUGGAGUCACAACCACUGACAUAUUUCAAACUGUGGACCUCUGGGAAGGAAAGGACAUGGCAGCAGUGCAAAGAACUCUUAUGGCUCUGGGGAGUCUGGCUGUCACUAAGGAUGAUGGUCAUUACAGAGGUGACCGAGACUGGUUUCACAAGAAAGCCCAGGGAUAUCGGCGAGAGUUCAGUCAAGAGCAGCUUCGCCAAGGCCAGUGUUUGAUCAGCCUGCAGAUGGGCAGCAACCGCGGGGCUUCCCAAGCUGGUAUGACGGGCUACGGUAUGCACCGUCAAAUCAUGUAGAACACUUACUAGCUAAUCUGCACCUAACCCCUGCUCAGACCUUAUUUUAUACUGAUACCACGAAACUAUAGUGUUCAUAUCCUUUGUAGCACCUGCAGUGUUAACCUCACUUUCCCUGGAUCUGCUGCUUUGCCAAACAGUGUUCUGUCUUAUAAACUGAUGUCAGAUGUCCUCCUUCUUCGAGCUCUCUUCUUGUCAAGUGCUGUCUUUUAACAAGUUAGCUUUGUUAACUCUGUUUCCUUACUUUCCACAUCCACCUGAGCAAUGUGGAACUCAAAGUCAUUCAGUAUCUUAUGUCGUAGUCUUAUGGAGAAUUUAAGAUUAAAAUCUGUAUACAAAACAAGCCAUCAGUGUUAUACAUUUCAAAUCUGAAAUACCAUUACAGCAUGUUCUAUACUAGUUAUUUGUAUGUAUGCAUGCAUUUAUUUACACUUAUCUUUGGUUGCUGUUUUAGAAGAGUCUGUAAGUGUAAAAUUAUUUAGCCUUAGACCUAAUGGAACUCAAUGACCGUCAAUGUCUCUGCUAUCUUGUCUGAAGACUUGUUGCAGUAUCCUCUGUAACCGAAUCAACCUCACGUUGUGCCUGGUUAUGGGACUACAGAGACUGGGUCCUGCUAUAUUGGCCUCAAAUUCUAAAUGAGUUUCUCUCAUUCUGAGCCAUGCCCUUGUUAUUUGUUUGUUAGAUCUAUGAUGUGUCCACUUUGUGUUCCAAGCAAGUAAAUGUGCAGUAGCCAACAUGUAUGACAGGUAAAGACAUUGCUUGAAUGUGCACUUUUAUGUAUUGUCAUGUUUCUAUUUUUUAAAAUAUUUAUAUCUGGAGGCUUGUGAAAAGAAUUGUUGAAGAAAUAAAGUAUGUGAACAU